ACAAGCCCCUGAAGCAAGAGAUCUUUAAAGAGGCAUGGUGAUGGAAGAUGUACACCCUGGGACAAAACCGUGCCUGCACAUGCCUGGAAAUGCAUUUCUGGAUAGCUGACAGAAACUCCCAUGCACAAGAGAGAUUUGUUCUUGCUCCGUUCCAGGCUGGACUGCUAACGCCCAAGAUAAUUUCCUUUUCCCAGAUGUCUCCUGCAAAUGUAAAUGCAGACCUUCCAGGGUGGUCAUUUAGCUGUGUUGGUUAAAGGGAUGCAAUCGCUGUUUACCAAUGAAAGAUGAAGCUGAUUUUUUAAUCACAAUCACUCCUCCCGUACGGGCUGUUAUUUUCUGCAAGGAUUCUUUUUAAAUCUAAGACUAGUUUACUGGAGUGAACUACAACUCCCAACAUCCUCUGUUUUCCCUGUGUGGCUUAAAGAGACAUGAUCACUUUUUGUCAAGAGGAAACACUGGAUGGAGGUGGGGUCGGUGGUCCGAGCAAUCUUUGAUUUCUGUCCCAGUGUGUCUGAGGAGCUGACGCUGUUUGCUGGGGAUGUCAUUGAAGUUUUGAGUGUUAUAGAUGAGUUCUGGCUCAUUGGCACCAAAGAAGGAAUUACUGUAAUUGGUAUGGUCCCCCAACUGCUGUAUCUCAUGGUGCAGUUCUCCUACUGCUUGUCUGAAAUCUGCUUGGAGAUCCGACCUAAGCGUGGCCAGUUUCCUGUGAGCUUUGUGGAACAGCUGUCCAUCCCAAGUCUUAAGCAUGGAGAGAAGCUCUAUGUCUGCAUCAGUGAAUUUACCUCCCAUGAACCAGGAGCGCUCUGCUUACAAAGAGGUGAUCUAGUGGUUCUGGAGGGAACAUUGACUUCCAGUUGGUUACAAGGACGCAAUUGUUGGGGGUCCAAGGGAUUUUUCCCAUUAUCGUGUGUCCAGGAAUUCUAUCUGUCAUCCAGAAGCCGCCAGCUUUGUCAGAACUCUACUCUUGAGCUCCCAAGUUAUGCUAUUGGCCAGGCAAGAGCCAUUUUAGGACUUUCUGCUCAGCUGGAAGAGGAGCUGGAUUUUAUAGAAGGAGACAUUAUUACAAUCACUGGCGUGCCAGAGUCUGGAUGGUUUGAGGGUGAACUAAAUGGGCGAAGAGGAAUCUUUCCAGAAGGCUUUGUAGAAUUGCUAAACCCCUUGAGGGUUUCUGAUGUUAGAAUUAUUCGUAACACCUAUGAUGACUUUAAACAUGACAAGCUAUCAGAAGUAGCCGAGUUCCCUGAACAAGGAAACUUCAGCAGGGAAAAACGCAGGAAAAAUGAAGACCAAGAUGGCACUUUUGCAAUUGCUCUUUAUAAAUUUGAGGCUAUGGAGCAGAGAGAGCUUGAUUUUGAAGUUGGUGAUAAGAUUAAAAUAAUUCAGACGUUAGAAGACGGGUGGCUUGAAGGGGAGUUGUAUGGAAACAGGGGUAUUUUUCCUCACAGAUUUGUGAAAUUGGAGAGCUCAGAACAAAAUUCUUUUCACCAGACGUCACCAGAGGGAAACAAGAUCAGCAACACCUCAUACAAUGUUGACUUCUCCUCUGCAGACAGCCACAGUGGUUCUGAUCCUCAUUACUGGGAUGUGCAUGUUGAAGAUUCCUCAAGUGUCUCAACUGCUGAAUCACAGGUGCAAAUUCCAAAUUCAGAAUUUCAUUUAAAUAGCAUUAAUGAAAUCCCUGUAAAUGACUAUGAAAUGCUACGUAGCAAAUCUCCUAAGCCACAGCUACCUCCUCGCCCACAGAGUAAGGUAUAUGGCAGCCCUGCAAAUCCUGUUCAAGAUGCUAAUAAAGUCAAACCGAUUACUGCACAGUUGCCUGUCGGUGGACAAGGGUCUAAUGGUUCACAUGAGAAGUGGUCUUCCAAAAGGGCUCUCUCUUUAAUUACACCUGAUGAGGCAGUACAUGCUCAGAAGAGUUCAGAAGAGUCCAAGAACAAAAAUAAUAGAAAAAGUAGCCUUCAGGACCAGGAUAUAGCUCUUUUGGUAGAUGAUCAGCAGCAGAAAUCUAAGAUGUGUUCUAACUCCAAAAAUAAACAGGAAUGUCCUUCCACAUGUACAUGGUCUUCACAGGCAGAGAGGCCACAAAGUGGAACACGUAGCGUAAACAGUGGAUGUGAAUUAAUCAACCUGGACUCUAAAUUAUCUGAGCAACUUUCUCAGUUUGAAAAAAGCCUCUCCAACCCUAUAGCAAAUGGCAACAAGUAUGCGUCAAGACAUUUGUCAAUACUGGAUAACAGUUCUGAAACAGACAUCAUUAGAGGCACAUCUCAGCUCUCCAAAGUCCAAAAAUCACCCGAAAAAAGAAAAACAUUAAGACCCCCACCCCCUCGGCCAACCAUCAGAUCCAAUUCAACUUCAUCUAUUAGAGGUAGAUCACAAAAAAGUGCAUAUACACAAAGCGCAUCUCCUCCUUUCCCACUCAAACCAUCCAGGCCUGCUCCACUGCCUCCACCAGGCAACCAAAGAAAUACACCAUCUCCUAAACCAUUAUCACAAGUGAGCCCACAAACUGAAAGUGUAAUUGCACCUGAAAUCCAUGACCUUUCUUCAGAAGAGCAGUGUGACAAAGACCAUGCUUCACCAUGCCCGUUCCUGCAACUCAAGAUUGAAGAAGUUGAAAGAGAGCUAGAUGUGUACAGAAAGACUCGUGAAGAGUUGAUGUUAAUGCUUGAGGAAGAGCAGGAUGAACUUGUUAGGGCAGAAACCAUAGAAAACUUGGAAUUCUGUGACUCAAAUAUAGAAAGUCUACAUGGAGAACUUCAGCGCCUUAAAGAUAUGACCUUGCUCUCCUCUCAGCCAGAAGGUGUGGAGCAGACUCCAUCCUCUGCGUCCUCCACAGAGAAUUCGGAACAGAGAAUGCUGGAGAAGAGGUCGAAGGUGAUUGAGGAGCUGUUACAGACUGAGCGAGAUUACCUGAGGGUCCUGGAGACAUGUGUGGAACACAUCAUGGGACCCUUGCAGGCAAAGCAGAUGGCCAGCGUGGAUUUUGAUGUUCUGUUUGGAAACAUUCAGAGUGUGAUUGACAUUUCUAAGAAAUUUCUUGCAGCUCUAUCAAGCUCGGACUCCAUUGGGACGGUUUUCCUUGACCAUGCCUCCGACUUGGAAAACGUCUACAAAGAGUACUGCCAGAAUCAUGAAGAGACUAUCGCACUGCUGGAAGCAUAUGAAAAAGAUGAGAAAUUCCAGAAGGACUUGUUGGAAUGCAUGGAGACUGUCAAGAACCUUUACCAAGAAUGGGGCUGUACAAACUACAUUAACCUGGGUUCCUUCCUCAUCAAACCAGUGCAGAGGAUUAUGCGUUACCCUCUGCUCCUCAUUGAGCUUCUUGGCGCGACCCCUGAUUCUCACCCUGACAAAGCCCCUUUAAGAGAAGCUGUGCAGUCAGUGAAAGAAAUCAAUUGCAAUAUUAAUGAGUACAAGCGCAGGAAGGACUUGGUUGUAAAAUAUCGCAAAGGUGAUGACAAUAGUUUGAUUGACAAAAUCUCCAAGCUUAAUAUUCACUCGAUCAUCAAGAAGUCCAAUCGGGUCAGCAGUCAUAUCAAACAACUCACAGGAUUUGCUCCCCAGAUCAAAGAUGAAGCAUUUGAGGAGACUGAGAAAAACUUCAGAAUGCAGGAAAGGCUCAUAAAAAGCUUCAUACGGGAUCUCUCUGUGUAUCUGCAGCAUGUCAGGGAAUCUGCCUGUGUGAAAGUGUUGGCCGCUAUGAGUAUGUGGGAUCUGUACUCAGACAAAGGAACCAGUGAUGUGGAGAAGUUCCACAAAGCCCAUCGUUGCAUCAGCGAGAAGCUUUUCACUGAUUUUAAACAAAGAACAGAAAAGCUGGUCGUUUCACCCCUGAAUCAGCUUCUUAAUAUGUUUGCCGGGCCACACAAAUUGGUACAGAAGCGCUUUGACAAACUCCUGGACUUUCACAAUUGUACCGAGCGAGCAGAAAAGCUGAAGGACAAGAAGUCUCAGGAAGAGCUCCAGUCCGCCAGGAAUAACUAUGAAGCUCUAAACGCCCAAUUGCUCGAUGAGCUGCCCAAAUUUCACAACCACGCCAAGGAACUGUUUGCCAGCUGCAUGCGGGGCUAUUCUAAUGCACACUGCGAGUUUGUGAAGCUUGCUUUGGAGGAACUGAAACCACUAUUAACGCUGCUGGGAGUUGGAGCCACAGAAGGGAACCUGAUUUCCGUUUUCCAGGAAGAGCACAGCAAGGUUCUGCAGCAACUUCAGGUUUUUACCUUUUUCCCAGAAAAUCUUCCACCUUCCAAAAAGCCUUUCGAGCGAAAGACCAUUGAACGGCAGUCGGCCAGGAAAACCAUCCCGACCCCGGCCAAGUACAUCCCGCAGCUGGAUGAACACCGGGUUGCAGUGCUGGCCAGGUACCCACCAGAGAAACUCUUCCAAGCAGAACGAAUCUUUAAUGCUGCUCAGGAUUUGGAUGUUUCUUUACAGGAGGGUGAUCUUGUUGGGGUGAUUAAACAGCAAGAUCCCAUGGGAAGUCAGAACCGCUGGCUCAUUGACAAUGGGGUCACCAAAGGUUUUGUCUACUGCUCAUUCCUGAAGCCUUACAAUCCUCGGCAGAGUCAUUCCGAUGCAUCUGUUGGGAGCCAGUCUUCUACAGAGUCCGGCUACGGAGGUUCCUCCCCCAACUUUUCAAGGCAGAAUAGCAAAAAUACCUUGACAUUUAACCCAGGCAAUGCAACAGUGGCCUUCACCGCAGGAUCCAUUGCAAAACCCAGUACUGAUUCUACAACCACAAACAGCGGUCAGGAAGACUCCCCUGUCUGUCCGCCUGAUAGUAAUUUCUCCAAAAAGUCAAGUGAAACCGAGGUGACCAUGCAAGCACGGACCAGUGAAAGGGUAGCAAAAAGUAGUACAGACACUGAAUCAAAUAAUCGCAGGAGGCAGACAGAAAAUGGGAAUAGUGUCGUCUCGCAAAAUAACGGCGACAAAGAACAGACAUUGGACAGCUGCAAAGCAUUUAAAAAGAAAACCACUUCACCUGUUGGUAGUGACUGUGAACUAGAAGGGAACCAAGUGUUUUAUGCAGUGUACACAUUCAAAGCGCGCUCUCCAAAUGAACUUUCAGUGUCAGCCAAUCAGAGACUUAAUAUCCUGGAAUUCAGAGACAUGAAUGGCAAUGGAGAGUGGUGGUUGGCCGAAGUGGAGGGAAGGCAGGGCUAUGUGCCAUGCAACUACAUCCGGAAAACAGAAUAUACGUGAAAUGGAGCUUCUCGAUGAUCCUGUGAACAUUGCAAACUUUACAGAAUUCAGUUGUGCCUUUUCUGGAUGAAUUUCUGUUGGGUUUUAUUUUUUUUCUUCUUUACUGCUGAAAUCACUUGAACAAUAAUUACAGCUGACGAGGCUUUAAUCGAAUGGAUUUUGCGUCAGCUCUUGGUCCAUGCAAAGAGUGUUUUAUGGGAAUUGAUGCCGUUGUUGUUGGACCUGCAGAAGAAUAGAUCUUAAGAGCAGACACAAGAAUUCCUAGAUUAGUUAUCAGGUGCUGUGGAGUCCACUUUGGUUUGAUCUGUUUUAUUCAUUGCAACAAUAUAGGGCAUUCUGCUGUCGAGUAUUUAUGGCUUCGGUGCAGUGCAAAUGAGAUGUCACAGAGAACAAAUAUCCACUGACAGGACAUGCUGUGAAUGGUUUUAUGUAUUCAUUAUGUCCCUGAUUUUAUUAUUUUAUCUGGUUACUCUGUAAGCAUUCCCUAGGUUCCAUGAGAAACCCUUGCAGGAUAUGUGUGUCCGACUAUUUAACAGACUGAAGUCUUGCGUGCAGCCAAUACUGUCUUGUCUGUUUUAUUGUGCAGAAAUGUGUGCAGCUCCCCCAGAGGUCUGUAGGAGCGUCCAGUGCAUGUUGUAUGCGGCUGCAUUUUUAUUUUUUCGCAUCCUGCACAAUAUUUAAUUGCAGAUUGCUGUAAUAUCAAUGCUGGUUUCCCUGAAAGAUACAGAAAAUAAUUUUCUAUGCUGCACCCACCCCAUUAACAAAAAAUUCUAUAUGAGAGGCCCACUACUAGUAAAGCAGUAGCCCAAGUAUUUAGUUGGCUACUAACUGUAUGUCCUAACUUUAUUAGGACAUACAUAAGCCUAACGCAUUUCGUGCCUAGAUGGGCACUAGCUCGUAUUGAAUUUUCCGUAUAUCGCAAAAAUUGAUGGGCAGCCCUUGGACUGGAGGUUGUAUAGGUGAGAGACCUUUUCAUAAUUUACAUUUUUUUCUUAUGUCUAUUUUUGGAUUUACGACAGUUUGUUUAAAGAACAGAGCCACGCACCAUUGUUUCAUGUGUUAAUUUGUGACCCACCCCAUUAAAAUUCCAUCUCCCAUAGCUCCACCUGAGGUGCAUCUAGGGUAGGGAUCCCCAACCUUUUUCACCCAUGAGCCACAUUCAAAUGUAAGAAGGGUUGGGGAGCAACAUAAGCAUGAAAAUAGUUCCUGAGGAUGCCAACGGAGGGCUGUGAUUGGCUAUUUGGUAGCCCCUAUGUGGACUAGAAGCCUACAGAAAGCUCUAUAUAACUGUUUUUAUGCAACCAAAAGUUCCUCCAAGCCUGGAACUGAAAAAUAAGCACCUGCUUUGAGGCCACUGGGAGCAACAUCCAAGUUGCUCACGAGCUACUGGUUAGGAAUCACUGAUCUAGGGCAAGGGCGAGCAGGGUGCAAUACACAGCAGGCCCACCUGAAAAUGCCCAAGAGCAGGAUCUGUAUUCUCAGACUCCAUUUGCAUUUAUCUAUCUGUUUCCAUAAAGGCCUCAGAUUAAUUCCAAAGUGAAGCAGGAGCUCAUUUGCCCAACCUUGCCCACAUUGCUCUACUUUGAGGUGUUCCAUAUAUACAGUUGGUAGAUAGACUCAUUAUUUUAGUUAAUCAAUUAUAAGACCCUUCACGGUAAAAGUAUACUUUCUGCUAAAUAUUCUGGAAUGAGCUUUGAAGUCUAACAUACAAGGAAAACACCUUUUGGUAUAUUUUUGGUGUAUUUUCAACAUUCUCUCAAUAAGCCAAACAGUAUUAUCUACAUUAAAUACAUUUCAAAUGUACUGAAACAUUAGUUGAACCUGGACAUUGGUGUUUAUGUUGCCUUAAAUUCAACGAAUAUUAGGGGGAGUUGGGGGGCCGUCGCAGUAGGACUCCUUGGCCCACAGCACUUAAUAGCAAAGCAGAGCAAAUUGCAGAGUAAAUGAAUCUUGCCAGCAUCCAGGGUGAAUGGAGCCAGGCAAGAAACAUGUACAUAAAUUUAGAAAUUCCUAUGAAAUAAAGCAUUUAAGACUGUGUGUAUCAUAAAAGCAUCAAGUGGAGCAGCGAUAAAAGUGUGACCCAGGAGCCGCCAAUAAAUACAACUCUACCGAGGCUGGAGGAACGCACGCAAGGAAAAGGAAUAACUACUGAUGCAAUGGGGCAGCCUUCUUGUUUGUAAAUUCCAUUGAAAUGUAUUAUAUUUUUUUUAGGCGUACAUGCAUUUUUACAAUGUAGCAUUUGCACAUUUUUAAUAGGCACCUUUUUAGGAAAUGAAAGUCAUUUUUGACUUUUACCUUUUCUUGUUAGAACAAACCUGUACGAUACGAUUGUGUCAUUUUAUAUAUUAUUCAAGUUUUUUUUUUUUUUUUUUCCAAGAGGGAUAAUGACGUUGCUGAAAUGGGGAGGGUAGUUCUGUGCGGUGAUAACACAGGAGCAAUAAACCUCUCGUUCUCUUA